AACACAAUUCACCAAGUGACACGAACACCUAUAAAGCAAGGCUGGGUGCUGACACUUCAACGAAACUUUGAGUCAACCAGUUAAGAGGUAAGUUCUUCAUCGUAGUACUUUCAAUACGCCAAUCGAAUAUGAAUAACCGCUUCUAUUUUUUUUCAUAAAUAAUUAGUAUCUAAAUGAAUAAUGUGGUGGGGGAUAUUGAUAUUACCAGAAACAUUGCCGUCACACAAAUUUAUUUCAGCCACACAAAUUUAUUUAAGUCAUAAAUGUAUUUUAAUAACAUAAAUUUAUUUAAGUCACAAACAUUUAUUUCAAUAAGACACAUUUAUUUAUGUCCCAAAUUUACCUAGGUCACACACAUUUAUUGAAGUCCCGAAUUUAUCUACGUCACACACAUUUAUUUAAGUCAAACAUAAUUUAUAAAUUCGACACAAUUGAAAUUCAAGUGAGCGAACUUUAAACAAUUUACUCAUUAUAAUUAGGGCUUUAAAAGCUGACAAUGCAUUGCCCUCUAAGGCAAAUCAUAUCAAAUACGUCUAUAAAAGUGAAAUUUUGUGGGUUCGUGGGUUUGUUCCACAAAGGCUUUUACAUGGAUUGAUGGAUCUUGACCAAACUUGGCACAUAUAUCCAUCAUGAUCCAGAGAAAAUGUUAAGUGUUAUGAACUUUUUAUAACAUUACGUUUGGGGCCGGGGGCCCCAAUUCUUUUUUCCUAAUAUGAGCUAUAUAAAAAUAAUUAGAAAGAAAUACUCCUACAUGAAUAGAUUGAUCUUGACCAAAUUUAGUACACAUAUUCUGUAUUAUCCAUAUUCAAAUACCGAAGGGUACUGAACUCAUAGUAUCCAUUUCUCUGGGGCCGGGGGCCCAGUUAAUUUUUCCUAAUAUAAGCUAUAUAAAUAUCAAUAGGCUUAGACAACACUAUAGUUUCUAUGUGAAUUGAUGGAUACAGGCCUAGCAAUGUAGCAAUAUCUUUCAAUGUCCGUAUUGAAAUAUCGAUGGAUUUUAAACUAAUAGUAUCCAUUUUAGAAUUUUCCAGAAAGUUCGAUAAUUUUACAAAGCUAGACUAUAUCUAUGGUGAUUUUUAGUAGAUUUUAAUGGGACCAAUUUUAAAUUUUAACUCUAUUAUUUAUCCGUCUGAUAAUUAUAGGGCCCCCUAUCUAAGGCAUAACUAAAUCGGUAAAGUUAUGGAAUGGGCUCCCAGGGGCCCCUUAAUUAACUUAAAAGAAAAAGGAUUAAAAUUAUAGUAUUUGUUGAAGAUUUUUAUCGUAUUAAAAAUAAUUAGAAAAGUAAUUUUUACACAUGUUUUCAGCAGGUUAUUAAAUUUAUUAUAGAAUAUUCCAGAAAGCUCUAAAUUGAUACAAGGUGAUAUAUAGUGGGAUCUAAGGGAAUAUUGAAGUGUUAGUUAGUUCUAUUCAUUUCUAUACUGUCCCGUAGUUUACUGUUCUCUCAGCACCACUGAUCAUUUUUUAAAAAUUCGGGAUGAAAACCAAAGUGGUCUGGAACCCAUCAUAAUCUUUAUCCCAAUUAGAGAAUGAUCCCACCGAAAAACAGGAUCCCACCGGGAUCAGGAUCCCAACCUUCCACCGGAAUCGGGAUCACACCGGGACAUGGGACUGCGUCGGGAUCGGUGUCAGCAUGGGAUUGGGGUCCCACCAGGAUAAGGCCCUAAUGAAAUGCCGGGCCACGCCGGGUAUAUUAGCUAGUAUAUGUAUAUAUAUAUAAAGUGAAAGUUUGUUUGUGGCUGGCUUGCUUUGUUCCACAUACGUUUUUACAUGGAUUGAUUGAUCUUAACCAAACUUGGCUCAUAUAUCCAUAAUUAUCCGGAACGAACUCUUAAAGAGUCAUGAACUUGUUAUAACAUUUCGUUUUGGGCCGGGGGCCCCGAAUUAGUUUUUUUUAAUUCUUUAUAUAAAUACAAUGACCAACAAUUACUCCUACAUGAAUAGAUGGAUCUUGACCAUACUUAGUACACAUAUACUUUAUUAUCCAUAUUCAAAUACCGAAGGGUACUGAACUCAUAAUAUCCAUUUCUCAGGGGCCGAGGGGCCCCAGUUCAUUUUUCCUUAUUUAAGCUAUAUGAAUAUCAAUAGGGUUAGCAACGGUAUAGGUUAUAUUUGAAUGUAUGGAUCUAACCCUAGCUUUGUUCAUCAGGCUUCUUAGUCCGUAUUGAAAUAUCGAUGGAUUUAAAAUUAAUCAUAUCCAACCUAGAAUUUUCCAGAAAGUUCGAUAAUUUUAAAAAGCUAUAUCUAUGUCUUUUUUAAUUAGAUUUUAAUGGGACAAAUUUUAACUCUAUUAUUUAUCCAUCUGAUAUUUAUAGGGCCCCCUAUCUCAGGCAAAGCUAAAUCGGUAUAGUUAUGGAAUGGCCCCCCGGGCCCCCAUGAUUAACUCAAACACGAAUAACUUAAAAGAAAAAGGAUUAUAAAUAUGGUAUUUGUUGAAGAUUUUUAGCGUAUUCAAAAAAUAAUUAGAAAAGUAGUUUUACACAUGUCUCGAGCAGGUUAUUACAUUUAAUCUAGAAUGUUCCAGAAAUUUCUAAAUAGUUUCUCUGGGAUAUGUAGUGGGAUCUAAGGGAUAGUGAAAUUUUAGUUAGUUCUAUUCAUUUCUUUACUGUCCCGGAGUUUCCUGUCCUCUCAGUAACACUGAUUAAUUUUGUUAAUACGGGAUCCCAAAGGGUCGGGAUCCCAUCAUAGUCAUUAUCACAAAGGGAUCAGGAUCCCACCAGAAAACGGGAUCCCACUUGGAUUGGGAUCCCCACCUUGAAUGGAUCCCCCAGGAUCGGGAUAAACCGGGAAACGGGACUGCGCCGGGAUCGGUGUCAGAAUGGGAUUAGGCUUUAAAUGGGAUCGGGGUCACACAAGGAUGGGUCCUAAUGCAAUCCCGUGCAACGCCGGGUAUUUAGGCUAGUAAUUUAAUAAAUUCAACUGAGUACUUCCUUGUCUUUCUUUCACUAUCCUUUCUAUAACUAUAAAUUUUCCCUUUGAAUUUUCUUCCAAGCAAGAACUUGAGCUAAUUCAUGACACAAUCAAAGGCAUUCACAUGUACAUGAAAACGAUUGUUUUUAAUAAAAGAAAUUAUAAUAGUUUACUUUUUUUUGACUCAGCUUAAAUUCUGCAUCCCGCUCUUUCUUAAAAAUUAAUGAACGAAAAAUAAAAAAUAAAAUGAGUUUGAUAAUUCAUUUAACUGAAACAGCUGAGUGAUAUUAUCACGUGGCCAUUCUUUUCAACGAAGACAACAAAUGUCAAAUUGAACUGUUUAUAUAUGCUGUAUAAAGAUAUAGUUCUCUAACAAUAGUAAUUUUUUUUAUUUCUGUGAGGGAAAAAAGUAUUUAAUUAAACAAGAAAUAAACUUCUUGAGGGUCUAUUAUGUUUAACUUUAUUUCAAUGUUCGUUCAAAAUCCUUAUCAGAUAAAAAUAUGUUACUAAAGCUAAAUAAGGGCUCAAUUUUAGUUCUUAUGCCGUGCGCGCCGUAAUCUCAUUGGUACCCCCCCCCCCCUUUUUGGGCACAACUCGUUAUAUCUCUACGGCUCAUAGAAUUUAACUUUAUUUCAAGGUUCGUUCAAAAUCCUUAUCAGAUAAAAAUAUGUUACUAAAGCUAAAUAAGGGCUCAAUUUUAGUUCUUAUGCCGUGCGCGCCGUAAUCUCAUUGGUACCCCCCCCCCCUUUUUGGGCACAACUCGUUAUAUCUCUACGGCUCAUAGAAACCUAUCAAAAAAAUUUCAAUUAAUUCUUGAAAUCUCAUUCAAUUACUUUUUCAUUUUUUUUUUAACACAGCGUGCGUCAUCAUUUGGUUCUGUGACAAACCAAGACAUGUUCACAAGAAGCAAGGCAUUGUCGCCACAGCAAAAAAAAACUAGUUUGGUUUAAACAUCUUGAAACAAUUAUUUUAAAAGCACUUUUUAUCUUUUAAGAUGGCAGAAGAUCAGGCACCAGAGGAUACUGGUAACUGGACUGACAUACGUUUAAAGCAUUUUGUAGACCAUUUGGAAGCUACUCAAGUGGUUACAGGGACCGUGAUUAAAAUUAUAAAAGGUAUGCAUCGCCAUGACGUCAUCUGUUCUUAUUUAAUAUAUGCUUAGUUCAUGUUCAUGAUAUAUAAUCUAUUCAACAGUGUUCUCCUGUUUCUUCCCCUCUAUUUCUUCUAAUGUUAACGAUGGUAUAAUGUCUAAUUCAUGUUUCAUUCAAAAGUUGUAUAUUGGCUGAUUCUACAUCUUAAUUAUUUAAUGUAAAAUUGGGAAUGAAAUCGUUGACUUCGUGGACGCUGUGGCGAGAAUGAGAUCUAAUUGUUGACCACUCGUUCUCCUUUUAACAGUGACCUGUCUUACUUUGUACAUAGAAAUCUUUUUGUUAUAGAGAGCUUGUUUACAUAAUAUUUCUCGUGCGUGCCCUCUGAUUGACCCCGCAUGAGACGCUGUGUUCACAAAGGGGUGUGUCUUAGGCUUUUGAUGUAUUCUUGUUUACACCGCCAGCUACUAAAAAUAAUUAAUCUGUUCCAAGUAGUGUUUUGUAGAAUAAAUGGGAUUUUUCUAGAAAUGUCAUGUAGCUUGUAGAAGGCAGGGCUUAGGCGUCGGUAGACCCACCUAUAUAAGGGAUUGACAGGCACGGACGAGAGAGGGAGAUUUUCAGAUAAAUUUUCUUAACAUUACGAGGCGUGUUUUAUUCUUUGUGUAUUUGUGAGCUCAUAUGUGUUUAUUUCGAAUUAUUUACUGGCACAUUAUUCUAACUGUGUUAACUGUGUACCGGUACAAGAUCUACCAUACUGUAAGUUGAAGAUUGUAAUUAUAUUUUUCUUCUCUUUUGUAAUUAUCUUAAGACAUAAUAAAUCUUAAUUAAUUAUAACUAGAAACUGUUGAUAUUAUUGAUUCUAUGGUAUCAUCCUUUGUUAGGCACUAUUUACAGCGAGCCAAUUAAAAUUAAAAUAGGAGAUUAAUUUCUCCCAAUACAAGUCAGUGCGUAACACUUUUGUUCUCCCCCUGCACCACCACCACCCUGCACGUCACUGGUUGAAAAGGAUAGAGCUGGUAGAUUAACUGAGUGUUUAUCAAAGUGACCCUAAAGUUUAGAGCCCGUAGAUUGGGCGUUUGUCAAAGUGACCAUUAAGGGUUAGCGCCCAUAGAUUGACUGGGUAUUUUUUUCAAAGUGACCCUUACUGGUUAGAUUGGGUGUUCAUCGAAGUGACCCUGAAAAAAUACCUUAAUCUAAAUCGAAGUAGGUUGAUUUAUGGCCUUUUCAAUCAGGAGGUCACUUUUGGAUCUAUGUCAAGUGAUGGUUGUUGAAUAUCUUUGUCAGGGGAUGCUGUGCAAGAUCUUUGUUAGGGGGUGCUUGUGCAAGAUCUAUUUCAGGGGAUGCUUGUGCAAGAACUAUGUCAGGGGAAGCUUGUGCAAGAACUUUGUUAGGGGAAACUUGUGCAGGAUCUUUGUUAGAGGCUGCUUGUGCAAGGUCUGAGAUCUUUGUCUUAUAAAAUUGACAGUGUAAUGCCCAGAUUCUUUUCUAGAUUAAAAAAAUUACAGCAGUGAGUCACCUGAAAGGCAAAGGUGUGUCGCGCAAAAAUAAGCCAUACCGAAAUAAAAAAAUUCUUUUCGUUAUUUAUAAAAACGCUUGAAUAGAACUAAGAAACAUCUUGCCCAAAAUGGCCACAUGGUAAAUGGUAUUAGAAGCAGACCUCUUAAGUCAAGUGUAUUUUGGUAAUAUUUGUGAAGUAAUAUGAUCAAAACAUGUUGAUAAUGCAACUUAUAAUCCUGAUGUUACAACUUGAAAUGAUAAUACUACAACUGGGUGGCCGAGUGGUCUGAACUGACUCACUACAAAUAGCUGGCGGUCUGGAGUACAAUCCCCACAAAAAGUAAACAUCCCAAGCACCCCGGGUAGAUGGGACUCGUUAGCCUUAGAAGGCAACUCAUCUAAGAGAAGGCUAACUCUGAAUUCAAACCAGGAGCCAAAAUGAUCAAUAAAUUGAUCCUGUGUCCUCUAAUAUGAUUUUUUUUAAUAUAAAAAGGACGACAUUACACACAGAAUUUUCUUGGUUCUACAACUUAAAAGGAUGAUAUUAUACAUUUAAAUUUCUUGGUUCAAAUUAAAAUUAGCAUUAUGAUCCUUAAUAUGUAAUCCAACUGAAAAACUUUUGAUGUAGAAUUGGGAGACAAGAAUGGUUUUUUUUUUUUUUUGGAAAUGGUAAUUGAUCGAAGAAAAUUUAGAAAAAAUAUUCCAAAGCAGUAGAGUGCGAAUUAAUGCGAUAAAAGCUCACCAAUAGAUGACCUUCUGAUAGUGAUCCAAGAGAAAGUCUACUUCCCAAAGCUAUAAUCCAAGUCUUUGAUUUGAUGAGGAAUUCCUUUCUUUGAACUGAGCGAUGAACUCUUCACUUCGGAAGAAGACAAAUUGACCGAAAUAUCAACUGGCUAGAAUCUGCGGCAAUGAUGAACCAAGAAGUUGAUUUAGCUUUCGGAUUAGCAUUUUACUUAUUUUGCAUCAAAAUAUGAAUGAAACGAUUUCGUGUGGUAUUUUGUGUCGCAAUGCAUCCCGUAAUUACACUUUAUCUUUGUGUCCGUAUGUAUUGAAAUGGGUUGGUUUUAAUCUUAGUUGUACUUGUAUGAUCGGCUUUCUGUGUGUCAAAAUAAUGCACGUCUAAAAGUGUGUUUGAAACCAACAUGGACAGUCUGGAAAGCACUUAGAUAAAACAUGAAUUGGUUCUUAAACAUCCAUUUCUCGACAUGUUUAUAAAAUGGCAUAGCAUAAACUUUCAAUGAAACACAUAUCAACAUCAACUAAACUUUGACUAUGAAUCAAAUUUCCCAUACAGAUCAAAAAGAGAAGACGGAUCAAAUCAAACAUGUCCUGCCCAUGUUGACGAUGGAUGAAUUACUGAAAGGUGGCGUCCAGUAAGUUCUCACGGUCACAUCUCACAAAUUACAGGUUUUAAUUCUAAUCACCAUGCCAUUGGUGGGAAUGGGAGUAGGGUGGUGGAACUGGUAGUAGAGUGGUGGAAAUGGUAGUAGGGUGGUGGAAAGGGUAAUAGGGUGGCAAAAAUAGAGGCAGGGUGGUGGAAAUGGUAGUAGGGUGGUGGAAAUGGUAGUAGGGUGGUGGAAAUAGUGUUAGGGUGGUGGAAAUAUUAGUAGGGUGGUGGAAAUAGUAGUUAGGUGGAGAAACUGCAAUCAGGUUAGGUAGAAGGAAAUAAGCGAAACAAAGAAUGGGAAAACCUGAACACAGCCAGCGGAAAGCAACACAAACUCAGUGGAGUUCUCUGUUUCAUUCCUUUUGCUUCUCUCUCGGAUACUACAUUGCAGCUAAAUGAUUAUUUUAUUUUUGUAUGCUUUUGACUGUUGUUUGCUCGCUAAAGAAGGCUUCUUGCCCACACGGUCGUUUCCUUUUGUGUGGCGCUCUUUAUCGGGUUUCCCCGUACAUCGUUUCGUUAAAAUCCUUAUUUUUUUUUGUGGAAAACAUGUUUGGUAUCUUCCCAAUGAGGUCAUGGGUAGACAUACCUUUUUUAAAUUUUUAUCUAAGAGUAGAUUAUUUAUUCGUCAACAUGACUUUAAUAUUUUAGAUUUCUAGAAGAAAUGUCAAGCAUGAUUUAAGCAGCGGUUUGUUUCAAUGUUGUUGUUUUUUUUAUUAUAUGUUUGUCUUAUUGGCAAUAUUAUUUUUGUUGCCUACUGAAUGAUAAAUGUCUUAUAUUAAUUUGGAGUUGUGCCGACUAAGUGAAAAAUGUCUUAUGAAAAAUGAGCGUGAUGUACUAAGUGAUACAUGUGAUGUGUUAAAUUAGAGAGUUGCCUUCUGGGUGAUAAAUAAGAUGUGUUAAAUUAGAAAGUUUCCUACUGAGUGAUAAAUAGGAUGUGUUAAAUUAGAGUGUUGCGUACUGAGUGAUAAAUAUGUUAUGUUUAAGUAGAGUGACGUGGUCAAAAGUGUAUUCAAAAUGCUCCUCUAUGCCCCGUUAUAAUAUACAUAUGCAAAAUAUGGUUCACUGUGGUAUUAUAAUGCGUCUAGUGUUAAGUUCUCCAUUAUAUUCCAUCAACAACCGAAGCUAACACCACAUGACUGGAUUUGACCAGUGGUGGACUGGCGUGUCCAAGCCGCCUAGGAUAGAACGAAACUUUAGGUACAGACUAAAGAGGUCAGUUUUAUCGUAAUGUAGUUACGGCCAACAACUACUGCUAUGAUUCCUUGCGGAAUCAUACAUCCGUGACCAAUUGUACACUCAUGACAAGUGAACACCCAUUAUCAAGCGUACGCUCAUGAACAAGUGCACAUCCAUGACCACUUGUAAUCUAUGAUUACAUGCCAAUCAAUGACCACACGUGCGUCCAUGAAUAAGUGUACAUUCUGACCAGAUGUUCAUCCUAUCCUUACGCAACACCUUAAAUUUUAAAACCAAACUUUAUUUGCGGCAAAUUUAAAUCUUAAUUAUUACCUUCAUAUCCAUUCCCAGUGGAUAUAAAAUAUCAACUAUCCUAAUCCCAUCAAGUGCAAACACAUCAAAACAUCCUAAUCCCAUCGAGUACAAAAACAUCAACUAUCCUAAUCCCAUCAAGUACAAAAACAUCAACUAUCCUAAUCCCAUCAAGUACAAAAACAUCAACUAUCCUAAUCCCAUCAAGUACAAAAACAUCAACUAUCCAAAUCCCAUCAAGUACAAAAACAUCAACUAUCCUAAUCCCAUCAAGUACAAAAACAUCAACUAUCCUAAUCCCAUCAAGUACAAAAACAUCAACUAUCCUAACCCCAUCAAGUACAAAAACAUCAACUAUCCUAAUCCCAUCAAGUACAAAAACAUCAACUAUCCUAUUCCCAUCAAGUGCAAACACAUCAAAACAUCAUAAUCCCAUCAAGUACAACACGGUCCAUUUUAUCCAUGCCUUUGAAACAUAAAUAUCAAAGAUUUGAUUUCUAGGCAAAUUUCCAUUUCUCACUUUGUUGAAACAAUAAUUUUGGAAACAACUUUGUGUCAUUGAAACAAUGUAUUUUUUAUUUGUUAUGUGCCAACUAAAGUUAUCAAUUCAUAAAAAGUCAGAACAAGUAUUUUGCAUUGUGACUGAAAUUAGGAAAUGCUUGUUUUUUUAAAGUGAAAGUCAAAAGGGAACAGUAUUUGCGUUCCAAACAAUACAUAAAUGCGGCUUAAUAUUAGUAUUGAGUAGGGGGCAAAGAAAAUUGAAUCCAACUUUGAUUAUAGAAUUCUCAUCAUUGUGAAGCAAAUAACUUACUGAGAUGUCCAUUAAUUUUUCUCUUAAGAAAACAUCUUUUGGUUUCAUUCAAAGUAUCAACAUAGACAUUUACAAAACUAUAUAUGAAACUGUAGCUAGAUGAGUUGUAACAUAGACACAUAGAAAACUAUGUAUAAAACUGUAGUCAGACCAGUUGUAGUAUACGCAAGUGAAACCUGGAUCCUAACAAAAACUGGCAGAAAACCUAUUAAACACAUGGGAGAGGAAAGUUAUCCGGGAAUAAAGGUACCAAAAAAAAAAAGGGUGAAUAUGGGUGGAGAAUACAAACCAAACAACAACUGUAUAGUCUAGAUCAGGAUUGCAUGCUAGUAGCAGAAAUAAAAAAAAGGGCAGUUCUACACUGGGUGGGACAACUGACAGAGGAAUGAAGAAAGUGCACCACCAAAACCCCAGAGGAAAAAGGCUCAAAGGCAGAACUAGGACACGAGGGAUGGAUGAUGUGGAAAGAGAUCUGCAGCAAAGGGGAAUCCAACCAUGGAAAAAAAAAUCAUCAGUUAGUUCUGAGUGAAAGGGUGUGGUGAGCCAGGCCAAAGUCCUACAGGGGCUGAAGCGCUAAUGUGAUGUACGGUCUUUCUGUGAUUUAUCACUAUUAUAAAUGUGCAAGCAAAUAUUUAAGGCGUAUCGUCCAACAUUGUAGUAUGCAACAUGUCUGAAUAUUAUUGUAUUUUUCAUCGAAACCAAGGUCUAACAGUGAAUGUUACCAGCUGUUUAAGAUUCUGGAUCAGCUUGAGAGUGGAGAACUUGAAAUACCGGCAAAGAAUGGAAAAAAUAAAGCACCAAAAAUUGAGGAAGACGGCAAACAAACUAAGAAGCGUAAAAGGCCGAUGGUCUUUAAGGUAAUAGAGAGCCUUUUAGCCCUGUCAAUUUUUGGAUUUAUUAAGUAUACACGUAAGGUUGAGCAAUAUGUUAUUUAUACUAUUUAUUUGCCCAACGCGUUCAAUACUUUUGCCACGUUAAACGGAAGUCGGGACAUUUUGAAACUUAUAAUGAUUCGAUAACAUAGUUUCUCUUUAGUAUUUGCUCAACGUAUAACUAUCAUUCCACAGCCUCUCCCCCUCCCUCCCACCCCCCCACUUUAUUCUCACGACACAUCCUCACACAAUUCAAAAAAUUCAAACUACGCAAAGAAAGAUGACAACUCAGUGUAAAGCCCAUUCUUACAUUAUAUUUCUCUUUUUUUUUUUUUUAUUUUUUAAAAAUAGUAAAACUAUUCAAUGUAUAUGACAGCCUUACUCAGGUAAAAGAAAAAUUUUUAAACCACUAUCCCUAAAGGGAUUUAAAAGUUCACCUGCCCCAUUAUAAAGGAAUUUAAAAAAAAAACAAAAAAAAAAACUUACGGUUGUUGAAGAAAAUAUUUUAAAAACAAAACACGUGCACGGCAUGAUAAACGACUUUAAAAAUAUUGGUUGCUCCGUUAAAAAUUGUGCGCAAUUUUAUUUCUAAUUGCAAAAAAUGUUUUCUGAUUUAUUUAUAUUUUUUUGUUUAAAAAAAAUGUUUUUUUUUAUUUUUUUUUAUUUGUUGCUGAUUGUUUUAGAUCUUCAAUGACCCCAUACAUGGCAAUAUGCAACUCCACCCAGUCUGUCAGAAGAUAGUGGACACGCCCCAGUUCCAGAGGCUUCGAUUCAUCAAGCAAAUAGGAAUGGUCUACUUCGUGUUUCCAGGGGCGGCACACAACAGAUUCGAACACUCUCUUGGGUGAACUAGACUUUACAAUAAACCAAAUUCAAAUAUUUAGAACUUCAAAUUUUGAAGUAAAGUAAAAAUAUUAAAAAUGUAUAAAUUAAAAAAGGAAACUGGAAGAACGAAAACUUACAUGUUAUUUCUAAAUGGCAAUUUUAUUAUUCUUGUACGUGUUCUUGUAAUUAGGUUUUAAAUGUUUAAACAUUGUAGAUGGGUCUCACGUUCAAUAUGAAUAAUGAGGUAUUGGAAACUGUCAUUAGCACAAAUACUUCUUUUGAAAAUUAGUUUUCUGUAAAGUUUCCACUUAUUUUUUUUUUUAAUUAUAUGUUUCCCAGAGUGUGUCACCUGGCUGGUCAGUUCGCUAGAACACUUCAGCAGAGCCAUCCUUACCUGGGAAUUACUGACACAGACAUCUUGUGUGUGGAGAUUGCAGGGCUCUGCCAGGACCUGGGUUAGACUUUCAGCUGGUUGUUUACGCUAUAAAGCAUCUUCCAUCUUGAUCACAUAAAUUUUAUCAAGACUUAAAUGAGAUAACUUUAUGUAAAAAAAAAAGUGUGACAUAUUAUGUGACAUAGUACAUGACAACCGAGAGGCUAGACUGUUUAAUUUCUUGUAACAUUCUGAUCAAAACAAUAUGACCUUUUUCUUAGAGGAAAACUUUAAUGUCAAGUAAUUGUUUUUUUUUUUUUAAAUCAUUCCUGAGUAAUAUUUAUCCAUUAAAGUAAACAAUUAAUUAAAAAAUAGAUGUAAUGACGUUAACAAAGUUAUGAGAUAAGAUAUGAUAAGAUUCUUUAUUGGCCAAAAUAAAUUGAAACGUUCUUUUGAUUACCUUGUACAUAUUCAUUUUCAAAACGUUAAUAAAUACAUGUUUUUAAAAAUAUUUUACAAUUAGAGACGAUUUAAACAGAAGACAUCUUAAGAAUAUCUCUAGUUUAGAAAUCAGCCAUCAAUGAACUCCUUGGUGGAAACAAUGACUCUAAUCAGUGAUCCUUUAGAAUUGGUUGGGGGAGCAAGCUGGUAAAGUCGUGCAGACCGGUAAACAAAUGAAUCGUGAUAAAUUUCGGUCCUAAGUUUAACCGAAAGAAUUUGUCUUGAUCGAGUAAUUACAAUGACUUUUUUUUUUAUUAUUGCCCUAUAAGGUCAAGGUCUAUUAAAAUCCCAGAGCUAAAGAUAACUUUUUAAAAAAUUCAUUUUUUUUUUCCUUAAGAACAAAGUACCACGUGAUUGACUGGGUUGUUUUGUUUUUUUUUAUCUACAGGGCGUGGGCCAUUUUCCCGUAUUUAUAUGAAACACUUUUUGCCAGCUGUUGAUGCCAGCAAGAAGGUAACAAAAUAAAGUCUCGUCCAAAUAGAUUGCUCAAUAUUUUGGACAUAACAGUAUAGAUAAAUAUAAUCUUUAACAGAUGUCAUAUCUCAGUCUUUAAUACCUAUCUUAGUCUUUACUAUAAAAUAUUAGUAUUUAAUUUGGUAUUUUAGACUUUAACAUUAUAUUUUUAUUCUUUAAUAUUACAUUUUAGUAUUUAAAAUCAUAUUCUAGUCUCACAAAUUUUAAUCUUUAAUAUCGUAUUUAAGCUUUUAGUUUAGUAUUUUAGUAGUUGUAAUCAUUUUUUGUCUAUUAUAUUUCAGACUUUAAUAUCAGAUUUUAGUCAUUAAUAUAGUUUAGUCUUUAAUAUGUUUAAGUCUUUAAUAUCAUUUUUUAGUCUUUAAAAACAUAUUUUUCUUCAAAAUAAUGUAACUUUUAUCAGACGUUUAGCCAGAGUCGUUGUCAACUAAUGACCAAUCGAAAGCGAUUUUCUGAUUUAAACAUAAACCGAAACUAAACCGAAAGUUAAAAAUGACAUUCGUAUGAAGCCGAAGCUGAAACUAAAAGCUUAAAGAUAGUUUCGGCUGAAACCGAAGCCUAAACAAAAAAAGCUUGACGAGACUUUUGGCCGAAAACAAAGCCGAACGAAUUUUAAAUUUUGAAUUUCGUUCACACAUAAGUCCUUCGUGCAUUUGAAAAAUGAUGGCGAAGGUAUUUAAAUGUUUAAUAUUUUUAUUUUCAAAAUGAGGUCAUCGUGAGUUUGAAUAGAUAAGCAUCCAAUGAAUACGUAUGCCUGCACCAUUUGAAUUAAAAAGUAAUUAAAAUGUGUUAUAAUUUUAUUUCAAAGUAAUAUGUGAAGUACAAAAUUUGACGGGUGCGGGGGGAAGGGGGGUUGGGGUGGAAUUCAUGCAAUAUAAAUACAACGCUACCUAGACAUACUUUGUAUAGAGAGAAAGCUUAGCCUGUGCAUUUAUGCACGUUUUAUUGGUUUGGUUCCCUUAAAUGUCCAGAUAUAAGUCUUAAAGGAAAUUAAGUUCCGCCAAACCAUACUGUUCUUUUUAAAGCACGCUUUCUAAUUGGUCGACAUUUACAUUUUUCGUUUAUCCGGGAUGAUUAUUUAUCGUGUAGUUUUAAAUUUAAACCAGGUCAAACAAAAGUAGAAAGAACUUUGACUUAACCUUAGCAUGAUGGUGCAAGAGCAGACUUGGAGCUCCCAAUAUAGUACUAUGUAAUCUCAGAUUAGGACUUAACCAUCUCAAAAUUGUACAAUACUAAACUGUAAUAGUGAACAGUGUCAGGACUGCUAAGUUACCUGACCAUUUAGUUAAUUAUGGUAAAAUCAGGGGAUUUGCCAUGCGUGACACACUCCCGUCUGCUGAAGUCGAAUAUGGCAACUUUCAUGUUUCGUCUUGAAAAUGUUCUCAUGUAAUACACCAUACCAGGCUUACUCAGACUUAACUGUGUGCAACCAUGUUUCUUUUUACAAGUCGGGAACAUUUACAAGUCAGUUGUUUCAGCUUCUAUGCCUGUCACUUUCCGUCUACUUCCAGUACCUGUAACUCCCCGUCUACUUCCAGUACCUGUAACUUUCCUUCUACUUCCAGUACCUGUAACGUUGCUUCUACUUCGAGUACCUGUAACUUUCUGUCUACAUCCAGUACCUAUAACUUUCCGUCUACUUCCCGUAUCUGUAACUUUCCGUCUACUUCCAGUACUUCUAACUCUCCGUCUACUUCCAGUACUUCUAACUCUCCGUUUACUUCCAGUACCUGUAACUUUCCUUCUAUUUCUAGUACCUGUUACUUUCGGUCUACUUCCAGUACCUGUAACGUUCGGUCUACUUCCAGUACCUGUAACUUUCAGUCAACUUCCUGUACUUGUAACUCUCCGUUUACUUCCAGUACCUGCAACUUUCCGUCUACUUCUAGUAACUGUAACUUUCCGUCUACUUCCAGUACCACAAACCUUCUGCUAAAAUGUUCGAACACCUGCUGGAAGAGAAUGAAGACGUCAGAACAUGUUUGCAGGACUACGGCAUUUCUGAUGUGGACUUGCUGUUUGUCAAAGAGCAGAUCAGUGCCACUGCUCCUACAGGAUCGACGGUAGGACUCUCUAACGUCUCGGUGAUUAGACCACAUAUUAAGCUCGAGAAAUUCGAGGUUUCGGACGAGAGUACAAGAAUUUUUUAAGAUGGCGCGAGCAUGUGUUUUUUCGGAAAUCUAUAUAUAUAAAAAUGAAUGUUUGUAUGUAUGUCUGUCUGUAUGUCUCAUAUGCGCUCCUACACCAUUCUUUCGAUUGCAACAAAACUUUAAACAGUUGUUUUCCACAUAACCGGCAAUUUAACUGAGUUAUCAAAAACCUUAUCAAUUGUUUUGUUCCUAGCCGUUGGCCCUUAAUUCUUUUUUUUUUCUUAUAUGAGCUUUGUAAAAUUAUUUUCCACAUGCGCUCCUACACCAUUUAUCCAAUUCAUAUAAAACUUUGAUAAAAUGUUUUGAGCAUGUUCAUAAACAUUUUUAAAAUAUUACAAUUGUUUUAAAAUAUUCUGUUUUGAGCCAGAGGCUUCAUAUUUGUUUUUCCUAAUAUGAGCUAUAUAAAUAUUAUAUUUUCAAACCGUAUGCGCUCCUACACCAAUCAUGCGAUUGCUACAAAACUUAGUGAGUUGUUAUCCAUGCGCAAAUGCAUUUUACUGUAUUAUUUAAACACUUUUAAAAAUAUUCCGUUUUCGGCCGUUGGCCCUUAAUUCGUAUUUUCCUUAAAUGAGCUUUGUAAAAAAAAAAUUUUCAUAUGCGCUCCUACGCCAUUUUUCUGAUUCCGAUAAAACUUUGGUGAGAUGUUGCAAGUAUGUCCAUAAAGGUUUCUAAAUUAUUACAACCGUUUUAAAUUAUUCAUUUUUGAGCCAGGGGCCUCAUAUUCGUUUUUCCUAAUAUGAGCUAUAUAAAUAUAUUUUCAAACCGUAUGCGCUCCUACACCAAUCAUGCGAUUGCUACAAAACUUAGUAAGUUGUUGUCCAUGCGGCAGAUCAUUUUACUGUGUUUUUAAACACUUUUAAAAACAUUAUGUUUUCGGCCGUUGGCCCUUAAUUCGUAUUUUUUCUUAUAUGAGCUUUGUAAAAAAUAAUUUUCAUAUGCGCUCCUACGCCAUUUAUUCGAUUGCAAUAAAACUUAAAACUUUGGUGACAUGUUGGAAGCGCGGCCGCAAAGGUUUUUAAGUUAUAAUAAACUUUUCAAAAUAUUCCAAUUUUAGCCAUAGGUUUUUAAGUUAUUAUAAACAUUUCAAAAUAUUCCAAUUUUAGCCUGCGGCCUUAUUUACGUUUUUUUCUUAUACGAGCUAUUUAAAUAUAAUUUCAAACCGUAUGCGCUCCAUGACCAUUCACGCGAUUGCGACAAAACUUUGACGAGUUGUUAUCUAUAAACAUAACCGUUCAUUGACUCAAAUUCUUAUUUUUUCUUAUAUGCGCUUUGUAAAAAAUAAUUUUCUAUGCGCUCCUAUACCAUUUUUCAGAAUGCGAUAAAAAUUUAGUGAGAUGUUGUUCUAUCGCCCACAAAAAUUCUUAAAUUACUACAACCGUUUUAAAAUAUUCAGUUUUGAGCCAGGUGCCCUAUGUUUGUUUCUUACAAAAUGAGCUAUAUAAAUAUAAUUUCAAACCGCAUGCGCUCCUACAUCAUUCAAGCGCUUGCGAUAAAACUGAGGUGAGUUGUUGUCCAAGAGCCAGAGCAUUUUUCUAAGCCAUUAUAACUCUACUAAAAUAUUCCGUUUUUUUGGCAAUCGCCCAAAAUUCGUGUUUUUUUCCUUACAUUAGGUACAUUAUUACAAUGCGAUAAAAUUUUAGAGAGAUGUUGUGCGCGCGCCCGCCCGCAAAGGUUUCUUAAAUGAUUACAACCAUUUUAAAAUACUCCGUUUUUAGCCAGGGGUCCUAUGUUCGUUUUUUUCUAUAUAAGCUAUACAACUAUAAUUUUAAGCUAUACAACUAUAAUUUCAAACAGAGCUAAAGCAUGAAUGGAUAACUUUUUAAUCAAAUACAAAUAGUGAUAUUAAAUGUAGUGUGUUACAUAUUAAGUAGGUUUCUGAAGUAAUACAACAAUUCUACAAUAUUCUAUUUGUGGAGGGGGGUCCUAAAUUCGUUUACCGCAGUUCUAUUAUCUAUAUAAUUAUAGUAUGCAUUUCUAUACCAUUCAUUCGAUUGUGAUCAAACUGGGCCAAGUGAAAUGCGUACUACCGAAAAUGUUUCUAAAUUAGAAAAAAAAACAUUUUACAAUAUUCCGUUUGGGCCAGUGACCCUAAUUUUAUAUUUUCUUCUAAGAGCUUUGUAACUAUAAUUUCAAACAGAGCUAUUGCAUGUGUGGAAGUAGCUGAAUUCGCCGGCAAAUUUUUCAAAUUUAGUACAUCCAUUGUACAAUAUUCCAAUUAGGGCUGGGGACCCUAAAUUCAAUUUAUUUUCUUAAAUGAGCUUCAUCAAUUAAAUUUAUAACGGAGAUAUCAACACUACCACCCUUGAACAAAUGACACAUUUGUAGUAAAGCAGAGAAAACACGUUUUUACAUUUUUAGUGUAGAGAGUAUUUUUGUUAUGUGUAUAAAUAAGCUUGAAUUUUGUGACGCAUUUUAGAAUCGGAAAUGACAUCGAAAUCACGUGUUUUUUUUUCAACUAAGAGUAUUUCUUGAAUAGAGUCUUAUAAUUUCGGAGUUGUUUUGUGUUAUGUAAAUACAUUUUACACCAAUCGAUGGUUUCUCAAGUAAUUAAAUAACACAUUUGACAGCGUAGAUAUUGAACUAUGGUCAUUUUUUACCGCUGGAAUUUACGAUUUAUAAAUUAAUGAGAAACUAUACAACUGGAAAUCUCCUGCCAACAAUGAACGUGCAUAUUGUGUGAGGUUUUCAUGUAAAAAGAUGGGAGAUCCGAACGUGUAAGAAUUACAUUCACCAUCAAAACCAUUAUCAUUGUUGGUAUCAGGAGACAAUAGCCAAUCGAAACAUUUCUUGGAAAACAUACGCAAAUGCAAUUCAUGUUGCCAAAUGACAUCGUUCGGUGCAACAAAUAUCGUGCGCGAGAAUUACAUGCCAACAUUUAAAGUAAAGUGAAAGGCCAAAUUUACCAUCGUGUAGGAUCUCUGAUGCCCCUGCCAAACACAGAUCACAAAUGUCUUCAAAUGAUUUCAUGGGGAAUACUGAUGAGCAAAUCGAUCAACGUUGUCAUAUCAAUACGGGCACUAAACUAGAAAUCGUCACUGCAAUGCAAACGUUAUUUUGCAACACAACGAAUUAAUUCAAAUGUAUAGAGUUGCACUUGAAAAGAUGCCGACUGAUGAAUACAAAGUCAUAGUUAGAGCAGACUAAACACCUGUCGGCCAACAUGAAAGACAAUACAAUGCACCAACAAUUGAUGAAGUGGCGAUCAUUAUAGUUGGCAAAGAAUUAAACUCAAGUGAUAUAAUUCUUCAUCACAGAAGUGUUGAUGUUCAGCGAGUCUCAGAAACUCAUCGCUCAUACGUUUGAUUGCAAUAUCCUAUUUUAUUUUGGCAAGGAGAAGAUGGAUAUCAUUUUGACAUCAAAUUGAGAAAUUCGAAUAAGAAAGACAGUGCCAUGAAAUACUAUUCAUAUCGAUUGAUGAUUCAUGAGUUGGGAAUGACCUCUCGGAAUCGAUCUGCAAACAAACUUUUCGCUCUUGAUUUGCAACGAGAAACGCACUUUGAUAUCGAAGCAUUAGGUACGGUACAUUUUUUCAAAUGAAUCUUCCGAAAUUGGUUCCAUUGAAGUUACUAUUUUAAAUGGAAAAUUUAAACUAGGUGAUGUACUUUUGCCAUUCACCCCAAUGAUUCCAACAGAUAUGCCAUUUGAAUUCAAACGCCUACAGUUUCCGAUGCGACACGCGUCUACAAUGACUAUCUUCAAAGCACAGGGACAAUCGCUACAAGUUUGCGGACUUAAUUUGGAAAACCCGUGCUUCGGCCAUGGACAGAUGUAUGUGGCCUGCUGUCGCGUCGGAAAAUCUUCUGAUUUAUUCGUGUAUAUAUCAGAUGGAAAAACAAGAAAAACUUUGAGUAUUUAAAAGCUUUUGAAGAAACAUAACAUGCAAACACUUUCUUUCCUUGAGUGGCAUUGCAACGCAUGCCGGGUACUCGCUAGUAGAGAGAUAAAAAGAGAGAGAGAUCUAUAUCUGUAUGCAAUUUUAUGAAGGAGCUUCCAUUCGUCUAUUAUUCAAGGACACGUAAAUUACUUGAACUACCCAAUGAACUGUUAAGAUUAUUUUAUUGUACUGAAGGCGCUGCCAUUUUAGGCUCUAUUAUAUUCUGUGAGUACUUUAAUAAAAGCGAUUUGUGCAAAAAGAGUCAUUUGCAUACAAUUCUGGAGGGCGGUGAGAGUUGUAUGGCCUGGAGUGGCGAAAGAGGGGAGCAAUCCAUUCGGCUAUGAAGAAUGUGGCAUUGAUGUCACAGACGGUGCAAUGUAUGAGAAGAACGGUUGCAAUAUAGACUCGGUUACAAUGUAAACAUAGUUAAAGAUUGUAUUUAUUUCUUUGGCAUUUUUAUAUAGUGCUUACCUUAAAGCUCUAAGCGCUUUACAAUUAUUAAAAAAAUGUAAACUAUGUAAAGAUUAUGUCUUCGCAAUUACAAAAGUUUUAAUUCUAGACAACAGUGAUCCACUUGCAUAAUUUUUUACUUUUUUUUAAAGUACAGAAAAACAUAUCGAUUUUAUUUUAUUGUAACAAUCUCGUGUCUUUAAAGAGGAAUGGUGGGGGAGGGGGCAUUUAGUAAAAACAUUUCAGAUGGGUCUGUUAAUGUCAUCUCAAACUCUUCCAGGCUUGGCCCUAUCGAGGGAGACCGGCUCAUAAGUCUUAUCUGUAUGAGGUAUUUAUUUUAAAAUGAAGCUAUGGUGAAAACUCUUUCAAUCGUUAUACCUCGUUGCGUCCUUUAUCAAAGAGCAACAGUUUUCAUGUAACUUUUAAAACACAAAAUACCAGUGAUCUACUAUUUAAAAGACAAUAAUCGUCUUUAAAAUGUUAAAGGAGACUAUGCUUCACAGUAUCAUAUAAUGUUUUUGAAUAUUUUAUUUCAUAUAUUAAUUAUAAAUUUAACACAAUAUAUCUUUAUCAUGUGCAUAUUUCUUCAACUAACAUCAUUUUUCGAAAACAUUUUCCCACCUGGCAACUCAGAUUGUCAACAACAAACGUAAUGGGAUUGAUGUCUACAAAUGGGAUUAUAUGGCCAGGGACUGUCACCAUUUUGGAAUCAAAAACAAUUUUGACCACGAGCGUUACAUGAAGUUCGCCAGAGUUAUCGAGGUGGAUGGAGAGAUGCAGAUUUGUAUGAGAGAUAAGGUGCGUUUACAUUUGUCUUAAAGAGGUGGAUGGAGAGAGGCACAUUUUUAUAGGAGACAAGUUACAUUUCAAUUUGUCUUCCUUUAUGUUAAUACAAUUCUUGAUAGGAUGCGGCUAUUCGGACCCGGUAUGAGAAGUGAGAGGUUUGGUUUAUUAAAACACAAUCUUUAAAAUAUUAUUGUAGGGUUGUAGGGCGCCCACAUCAAGAACUAAAAUUGCGGCCCUUUCGAGCUUGAGAUGUCCUCUAAACAAUUGUUCAGCUCUUAAUUAUAUUUUUUUUAAAUAUAAUUAAGAGCUGAACAAUUGUUUAGAGGACAGAAAAGUAAGAAAGAUUAGUACUUGAAAUUUUAGCUUAAAUAUAAUGUAAAGUAUAUUAGUGAUUGUCCGGCUUUACGAUUAAAGUGGAACCUUUAGGGGGGGGGGGGGGGGGGGGGGGGGGGGGGGGUGGUAGAAAGGCCCAUAAAAAUUGUGGUAAAGACCUACACUAACACGACCUCCCCCUAUCCCCCAAACACCCCCCACCCCCCAAAUUGCUGCUGUCCGAUGUGCUGAACGCGUUCGUUUCGCCAUAGCGAUGUUUCAUUGUAUUUGCUGUCUUCACAGGAGAUAGGUAACAUGUAUAACAUGUUCUACACACAUUACACCCUGGACAAAAGGGCUUACAAGCACAAAGUAUCGUCUGGGAUGGAGAUUAUGUAAGUACGCAAUAAAAAAAAACAUUAACUGCUAACAAUACGUUUAGGCACGGAACCAGAAAAUAUAGCUUAAUCUUAUUUUAAAAUAUUUUCAUUUUCUUUUGGAACUAAACAUUCAGUUGGCGGGAGGUUACAAGAAAUUGUUUAACAUCAAAGUGAACACUUCUCUAAUCAUGUCACGUUUUACGCACUGGUAAUAACACCUCCAUUUAAAAGAGGGAAAGAAAGAAAGAAAGCGCUACUGUGAACGGUCUGCGUAUACUGUUUUAUACAAGUUGAAUCGAGCCACUAUGUGAGCAAUACUUUAAUUUAAAUUCUAAACACCAUAAUAUAAAGAGAAAGAUAGAAUAGACCAGCUGUAACCUGGUAAAGGUAAUGUUGGCCUCGUUAUUUUAUUACAAAUUUGGACACAUUUGAAGUUCACACAUUUAAAGUAAACUACACAAGUUAUUUGAGGCUCACCAGGGAAAAAAUAUGUUAGUGCUGUUGAAAGAGAUAAAAUGUGUGACAUGGCAAAACCUUUAUACCACAGUGGACAGCUUUUAAAUAGUCAUACAAACAAUAUAUAUAUGCUAAUGAUAAACAUAUAGCACAAAUAGUUUCUUAUCUGAUUAUAUUCUCAUUUAUGUCAUUAUAAUGGUAACGUUUAUUAGUUUGUGUGUUAGUCCCCCCCCCCCACGCACAUACACAUUUAAAUAUAAAUUUUACUUUUGGAACCGUUGCAAUAACUUUUAAAUUAUAAAUUCUCGGAAUAGCUAAAAGGACUGGGCCACCAACCUAUAGAGCUAAUGCGAACUUAACGAAACGGAAAUUUAAAAAAAAAUAUCCGAUUUCUGCACACUGGCUUAUUUGAUAAAUUCAAAUGUUUGCAUGAAUCACAUGAAAAUACUUCUGUAGGAUUCAAGUCAAAGAAAUUAAAGCCUGAAUUUGUUGAACAUUUCCUAGGGUCGUACAAGCCCUUGUCAAGGCCAAUGAGCACGUCAAGUAUCAAGGGAAAGACAAUAAGUAAGUGACUGUGUGAUAACAUUGCAACCUGUGCGCCCAACUUCAUGAAUGUUAUCAGUGAAUAUUUUCUUUCGUCAUUUUGACAUUCCUUUAAUUCAGUGUCUUAUGCCGCUUUCAAUUAUUAUUAUUACACCAGCUGGGGUAAAACAACCACGUGAUGUGUGUAAAAUACGGGAAGACGUGCGUCAUAUCUACUAAGACCAGUCAGAGGUCCGAGAAACCUAAAAAAACACAGGGUAGCAACUACAGGUCGCUUCUCCAUUUCUUUAGCCAUUGUGUAUAAAAUUAAUGUGGAUGCCGAAUAGCAAAGGGAUUUAAUAUUGUUCAACCGCUGUUACAAAUUUUUCACUCCUUAACUCCCUUGGGACGGAAGUCCGGUUCUGAAGACCUAUGCAUGUUUCCUUUUAUAAUAAACUUUAAAGUUUAAGGCAUUUAUGAUUAUUGACUUUUUUUUUUUAGUCUCCUUGAGUUUCCCCAUGACACUCUCCAACCAUAUUCUAUUGCAGCAAUGAAUUGUAUGAGAUCUAAGUAGUUUCAACUAGACAACUUAAGAUGAAUUAUCAUUGCCUUUUUUUUCGAACCUACUUCUAAGUAAAUAUGUUUGAUUACUUUUAAAAUUUAAAAUAUUUUUUUUUUCUUUUCGCCUUCCUCUGUUCGGUUAUUUUGCCUGGCUGUUUUACAACGCUACAAAACACCGGUAUGAAAUUAAAAUGCCAACUGAUUACAUCUCACCGAUAUGAAAAUUAAAAUCCAAAUGAUUACAUCUCACCGGUAUGAAAAUUAAAAUCCAAAUGAUUACAUCAUACCAGUAUGAAAAUUAAAAUCCAAUGAUUACAUCUCACCGGUAUGAAAAUUAAAAUCCAAAUGAGUACAUCUCACCAGUAUGAAAAUUAAAAUCCAAAUGAUUACAUCUCACCGGUAUGAAAAUUAAAAUCCAAAUAAUUACAUCUCACAGGUAUGAAAAUUAAAAUCCAAAUGAUUACAUCUCACCGGUAUGAAAAUUAAAAUCCAAAUCAUUUCAUCUCACCGGUGUGGAAAUUAAAAUCCAAAUGAUUAAAUCUCACCGGUAUGAAAAUUAAAAUCCAAAUGAUUACAUCUCACCAGUAUGAAAAUUAAAAACCAAAUGAUUACAUCUCACCGGUAUGAAAAUACAAAUCCAAAUGAUUACAUCUCACCGGUAUGAAAAUUAAAAUCCAAUGAUUACAUCUCACCGGUAUGAAAAUUAAAAUCCAAAUGAUUACAUCUCGACGGUAUGAAAAAUAAAAUCCAAAUGAUUACAUCUCACCGGUAUGAAAAUUAAAAUCCAAAUGAUUACAUCUCACCGGUAUGAAAAUUAAAAUCCAAUGAUUAUAUCUCACCGGUAUGGAAAUUAAAAUCCAAAUGAUUACAUCUCACCGGUAUGAAAAUUAAAAUCCAAAUGAUUACAUCUCACCGGUAUGAAAAUUAAAAUCCAAAUGAUUACAUCUCACCGGUAUGAAAAUUAAAAUCCAAAUGAUUACAUUUCAUGAAAUGUGUAAAAAUUACAGAAUGUGCAGCUUGGCCGAGUGCUACGAGGACAUGACUGCCUACACCCUGCUCACAGAUAACGUUUUGUUCAAAAUUCUGGACACACCCGUAGAUGCAAACAACCCAGCUAAGGACCUAGUGGAUGCCCAAGACAUUGUCAGGCGCAUCUUCAAACGGAAGCCAUACACCUGUGUGCACGAGAGCCUACCCAAGGACCCUAAACACGUGCGUUACCAACCCCCCCUCCCCACACACACACACGCACACAAAAAACAACUUUGUUUUAAAUGAUUUGUAUCUCAUAGCCUGAUAGUUAUAACUGUAGAGCAAGGGUUUCUUGUCAGUCACCUUAAUAUGACCAAUAGAAUCCAAUUGUGACAGGCACAUGAUUAAACUAUUUUGCUUUUCAUUGUAAAAUGACUUUUGCUUAAUUAAAUAUACGGCAACGUAUCUUAAUAUAAUUAAAAAUAACAUAAUUACGGUAAUUUAACCAUUAAUAAAAGAUUCAUAGUUUUUAUUUAUCAGACAAUCCCAUUAAAUUCAUUAUCGUACUCAUUUUUUUGGGCAGAGGAAAAAUCUCAAAGAAUCCGAUAUUCAAGAAGCAAUCCAGAAAAACCUCGAUCAGAGCAUUCACACUGACAAAUCGGAAAUAAUUGUUAAGGUCAGUGAACCAUUCAUUAAAGCUUUCGAACAUUUUUUUGUUUAAGGUCAGUGAAGCAUCCGCUAAAUCUUGUAAGAUAUGUUUGUAUGCUUUCUCCAAUAACUAUUUUGUUUUUGAAGAAUGUAUUUGUAGUAAUGGAAUUGAUGUGUCUACAUGUGGGGUUUUUUGGGGGGCUGCAUCUACCAGUUGCAAUGUCAACGAUGGGCUUCGUUGUUAUUUUUUUAAAACUAAAUUAUUAUUACUUAACUUGGCAUUUACUAUGUAAACAUUGCAAUGAUCUUUGCGUGACUCACUCACUCGAAUCUAACUGGCUCUUUGGCAAGAUUUGUAGUUUUAGCCCUUACGAUUUAUGUAUAUUUUAGUGUGGAAAAAAAAAACAUUUCCACAAGUGCCUGUUAAGUGCCUGUUAACCUCGUCCACUUUCAAAAAGUCCCUUAAAAUCCAUGCGUUUAGGUCCGUCUAUGACCUGUGAUGCACCCUACUUGCCCUGCCUCAUUUUCUGUCUCGGGUUGAUCCUGUAGUAUAGGCCAACAUGUGCCAAAGUGUACUCGUUUUAUAACCAUUUUAAUUGUUUCUAUAGUAUAGUAGUUACUAUCCUAGUGUCUCUGGUUUUUCUUUUUUCUUUUACUUAGUUUACAUGUUUUUAAUAAUUGUAAAGCGCUUAGAGCUUUAAGGUAAGCGCUAUAUAAAAAUGCCUAAAUAAAUAAAUAUUAAUUUGUAGUUAUUUUUUACAUAUUCAUUAUACAUACUUCAAAAUUGAUAGCUAGAAAAAGAUCAGAAUUAGAUAGAAAUAUGUAGGCAGUUUGAGCUCUGUAAAAUAAAAUAUAUCAUUUUUUUUUACUUUGGUCAGUUGGUCACAAUGGAUUUUGGAAUGAAAGAGGAGAACCCAGUCGAGCGACUCAAGGUGUACGCCAAGCACAAUCCUUACAAUGGGGGUCACCUGAAAAUGUCAGAUGUGAGUACACCAUUUGUACACACUGUGAAAGUAGUCACGGUACGUAAGAUGUAUGUGAGUAAUGAGUUCACACACAUGGCGUUUGCUCUAUCUACUGCUCUAUAGGCAAGGUGUGAAUGUGUAUCUACUGCUCUACAGGCAAGGUGUGUAUGUGUAUCUACUGCUCUACAGGCAACGUGUGUAAGUCUAUCUACUGCUCUACAGGCAAUGUGUGUAUGUGUAGGUGAUUUCGUCUAAAUCCUCUAAUCAAAUGUUUUGAGCGUGGAAACGAAACCGGCCAGGUCAUAUUAACACGUUGAAAGAAAAUGCCACAUAUCAAUCAAUUCUUAGAAGUUCAAAGAUUAUCCCAUCGGUAAAAAGCUGGAGACACUGCCACAGGAUGAACAAUCGCUAAAGAAAUGUUCCCUCACCAUUUAGCUUGUAUUAAUCAAGUAAAAUUAAACUAAGCUAUUACUAUAAAAAGAACUGACCACGGACCAAUUGCUUCGUGUGUAUUAAUUGUUUAGUGGUGCCCUGAGCUCAGUUAAUAAAGUAAUCGCGUCACGAUACCAUAUUCAAUGCGUUCAAAGCUGAUCCGUUUGUUUGGUGUCUUUAAGCUAUACAUUAUAUGUCGCCCGGGCAUGAUGUGUUGGACGAGCAUUCAACAGUUGAGCCACAGUUUCUGUUACCAGUGAGGUAUGCCUGCAGUUUGGGUCCUUUAUGUGGUCUGAAAUUUACAAUGUUAAUAACUGAUAAAAAAUCAUCAAUGCGUUAUGUCUGCAAUAUAAAAAUAAAAAAAAAUACAUUCAAAACUUUUAUUCAGCAUCGAGUUAUCGACACAUGUUUCCUAGAGAAAUUUCAAACAAAAAAGUUGCUUUACUUUAUGAUUUAAAUUAUUGUGACAGCUUCAAUCUUUAUUGUGACAGCUUCAAUCGUUGACAGCUUCAAUCGGUGACAGCGUCAAUCAGUGACAGCGUCAAUCAGUGACAGCUUCAAUCGGUGACAGCGUCAAUCGGUGACAGCUUCAAUCGGUGACGAUCGGUGACAGCUUCAAUCGGUGACAGCUUCAAUCGGUGAUAGCUUCAAUCGGUGACAACUUCAAUCGGUGAAAACUUCAAUCGGUGACAGGGUCAAUCGGUGACCGCAUAAUCAUGAUUAUGCCUGAAAAUGAGGUUUUGGGUAGAUUUUGUCAACAUUUGUUGAAUCAUCAUUUCAGGCCAGUGUGAUUGGUGUCCCUCAAAACUUCUCAGAGUUUGUUGUGCGCGUGUACAGCACGGACAGAGACGAAGUCAAGUGUGAGAAUAUUCGCAUUGCAGCUAAGAAAUAUUUUGAGGGUGAGUAAAGUUUAAUGUCAGUUGAUGUCUACUCUCCUGCAUACACCUAUUCAAUGUACUUAGUGGAUGUAUGCACGAGACAACAGCUGGUGUACAUGAAACUACAACUUGUGCGCAUGAUAUUACAACUUGUGUGCAUGAUACUACAGCUUGUAUGCAUGAGGUUACAGCUUGUGUGCAUGAUACUACAGCUUGUGUGCAUUAGGCUAAAGCUUGUGUGCAUUAUACUAAAACUUGUGCGCAUGACACUACAGCUUGUGCGCAUGAGGCUACAGCUUGUGUGCAUGACACUACAGCUUGUGUGCAUGAGAAUGAAGCCUGUGUACAGUUUGUGUUUAUAAGACAAAGCUUAUGUCAUGAGACAACAGUUUGUGAGUAUGAGACAGCAGUCUUUGAGUAUGAGACAGCAGUCUUUGAGUAUGAGACAGCAGUUUAUGUGUAUGAGACAACAGUUUGUGAGUAUGAGACAGCAGUUUUUUAGUAUGAGACAGCAGUUUUUGUGUAUGAGACAACAGUUUGUGAGUAUGAGACAACAGUUUGUGAGUAUGAGACAACAGUUUGUGUGUAUGAGACAACAGUUUGUGUGUAUGAGACAACAGUUUCUGAGUAUGAGACAGCAGUUUGUUCGUAUGAGACAACAGUUUGUGAGUAUGAGGCAGCAGUUUGUGAGUAUGAGACAACAGUUUGUGAGUAUGAGACAGCAGUUUGUGAGUAUGAGACAACAGUUUGUGUGUAUGAGACAACAGUUUGUGAGUAUGAUGCAACAGUUUUUGUGUAUGAGACAACAGUAUGUGAGUAUAUAUGAGACAACAGUUUUUUAGUAUCAGACAACAGUUUGUGUGUAUGCGACAACAGUUUGUGAGUAUGAGACAAUAGUUUGUGAGUAUGAGACAACAGUUUUUUAGUAUCAGACAACAGUUUGUGUGUAUGCGACAACAGUUUGUGAGUAUGAGACAAUAGUUUGUGAGUAUGAGACAGCAGUUUGCGAGUAUGAGACAACAGUUUGUGAGUAUGAGGCAACAGUUUUUGAGUAUGAGACAACAGUUUGUGAGUAUGAGACAGCAGUUUGUGAGUAUGAGACAGCAGUUUGUGAGUAUGAGACAACAGUUUGUGAGUAUGAGACAACAGUUUGUGAGUAUGAGACUACAGUUUUUGUGCAUGAGACUACAAAAAGUGCACGAAGUGCAAGUUGCUAAAAAGUCAAGAUUUUUACCAUAUCAUGUGACGACUUUCUGUGUUUGUUUAUACUUUUUGUAGUAUGUAAUUAAUUAAUUUUUUAAAAUAUUUUAUUUUAAACUUUUUGAUUUAUUAAUAUAAUAAUAUCUUUUUAAACAUUUAAUAUAGUUAUUUGUUGUUGGUGUGUGGGGGGAGGGGAGGUAAGGGGUUGUGUUCAUAGUGUGAUAGAAACAUUUCUGGUAGCUUCAACUUUUUUUUAUUGCCUAUGAUCCAUAGUACUUUUCAAAGAAAAAUCGACCUAGAGAAAAGACCAGGGUGCAGAAUGCAAGAGCAGAAAGGACUAGCGCGAUUAACUAGGUGUUAGUGAAACAUCACACAAGUUACUGUUGUUUAUUAUGUAAAGCCAUUUUUUCUUCCUCUGAUCCAGCAGUCCCUUAAGACCACCGGGAAAGAUAUAUACUCUACAGUUAUGAAGUAGCGACGAAUAUAAUUUUGUGGUUAGGGGUCACCACAACAAAAGACUCUGUAUUAAAGGGUCAUGGCAUUAGGAAGGUUGAGAACCACUGCUCAAACAAUAUAUUUCAUAUCGACUUUAAUGAUUUUUGCUAGCUGCAAAACAUACACUGUGUUGAUUAAAUAGUUUUACAAGGUGUGAUUGUAUAAACUUUGAAAUACAGUUUGUUUUGUUUAAAACAAUAUGUUAAUAUUGUAAACGCUAUUCAAAUGUGUAAACACGUUUCUCCGAGAGAUACGGAAAGUUUGUGACCUUUUGAGGACCUGAGAAUUUUUUAUUUUCGUUCAAAACUAAAGGGUUCAAAAACUAUUUUUUUUAAAAAUUGUUUUUUAAAGUUUCGAUUUACAUACGUUUGCAUAUAUCCUUCAUGCAAUACCCAUUGAGUUCAUUUGUUCAACGAGUAACAAAAAAACAAAACUCAUUGGAAGUAAAACGAUAGCCAAAAACGAUAUGCUGGUGAUAUUUUUAAAGCCUUUUGAAAUAGUCAGACAUUUUUACUAACAAAUUAUUCAUGUAGCAAACGUCUUUUUAUUAAUAAAAAGAAUUCCAUUACUAACACACUUUAAUAACUACACUUGCUAAUUACUGCUGUUCCUGCAUAAACUUAACACAAUUAAAAACGCCAUUUCCCAAAUGUACGUGGCAAAAUACAAAGCAUAUAGCAAAAAGCUACGAAAAUAAUCUCAGCACCAAAUACGCUGAGUAGGAAGCAGCCACGAUUUUUUGGGUGAAUCAUUUAGAAAUGGAAGCAGUUACACAUGAUGCGUAAUAGAUAUGAGAGAUAACAGACUUAACACUUUUUUUUUGGAUGACAAUUUGCUACUUAGAUAUAUGCGAUAUAACAUGGAGUCCUCCCCACACAUUGCACUCAGAUCUCUAGAUAAGGCUAUUCGUGAACUUUCAGAAUUCCAGGAUAGCUAUUGAAUAAUUAGGGCAUAAAUCUACGUUAACAUUCUACCAACAAAAAUCCCCCCCCCCCCACAUUACCCCAAAUUUCCUAAAUCAACAACUACUCCCAUCUACACCCCUCAGUUGUCAAGUAAAUGCAUUGAUGAGCCCGGUCAUGAACUAGCUAUUGAAUAAUUAGGGCAUAAAUCUACGUUAACAUUCUACCAACAAAAAUCCCCCCCCCCCACAUUACCCCAAAUUUCCUAAAUCAACAACUACUCCCAUCUACACCCCUCAGUUGUCAAGUAAAUGCAUUGAUGAGCCCGGUCAUGAACACUUUACAUGACUCCAUUUGAAAACUUCUGCUACUGUGCUGACACUUGAGACGAUUGUGUUGACAAAAUUGACAAAUAUUUUAUGGACCCCUUUUUUUAUAUAUACGAUUGUCAUAUUCACUGUAGAAUUGAAAUGUUUUUGUUUUUUUAUGAUUGGAUUCCCCCCCCCCCUAUUUUUUGUGUAAGCAAGCAAAUUUAUUAGGAUAUUUAUUGUUCUAUCAAAAUCGUCUAUAGACAAGAUAAUUGUGGUGAGUUAAAAAAAGAAAAUCUCAUACACAUCAGAGAGAAAAAAGGGCGCCAAAAAUCGUCUUUUUUUACCGGUCUUUUUAUGAACUUGCACCAUUUUGCCAGCUUCACCCCGGUUGCCGCACUAUCACCUCGGCGUGGCGUUUUCCUGGGUUGCUUCCAUUUAAAAAUCGCCGAGAAUUUUUACAGUUAUCUUUAUUUUAUUUUGACUUUUAAUCCAAAUGUGACAUCUGGCGGUCGUGGUGCUUGCACUUGAGUGAGUGACUACUGUUUUGGGUUACUAGAUUUUCACUCAACCUUUUAAUUUAUUUUGUUUGUGUAUUACAUAUUUAGAAUUGCAGUGACUUGUUAAAAUUUAACAAAGAGUGUCUGGUGAAAACACUAAUUUGACAUGGGCGCGGGAAUGAAACAAUUUGCCAAAUGAGUGGGGGUAGGUCAAACUCACGUUUAACAUACGGUGGAGGAUAUACCCCUGCAAUACUGCUACCUCUGAGUACUAUUUGAUCGAAAUGUCUUAGAGAGUUCAUUUGUGAGAACGCGAGGAGACAUUAUGAAAAUAAUUCUUACAAAAAAUUGUAAGAUAUUUUUACGGCUUUCGAGAUAUAAGUAUGCUAUUUUUGGACUGUCAAAAUUUCAGAAUGAUUAUUGUAGAAUUUUUAAUACAUGUACUUACUUUCUGCCAGCCUCACCCUUCCCACAAUGAGUGCGAGUACGCAAAAAAUUUCAAAAAUCGACACUCACUCCGUCAGUGUGUUCGUACUCAAUUGGUGGGCCCUGAAAUACUCACUGCUGUCAAAAAAUUAAUGACUAAGAACUUUUUGCGCCAUUAGCCGGAAAACGAAAUAUUAAAUUAAAACAUCGUUAGCUAAUUCAAUCCGAUUUUAAAGAGAUCAAUGUGAACCAUUCACUUGAAUAUUUCUCCGAUUGAUUUCUAUAAGAGCCCAUAUCUUAAGAAUAUCUAAAGUGACUUUUUCUGAAAUGAGCUGCUGCCCGGUAUCCUAUUAUAAUUUAAACGAUGAAUCACCAUAGCUUUGGCAUUGUUGAAUACAUUUUUCUUGUAAAUAAGAUUCAUUUUUAAAAGUUAGAUACAUCUUUAGAUUGUUGUUUUUAAAGUUAAGUGGGCUUUGUCUGAGCGUCAAUGUUUACAUGAGUUAUUCAAUCUUGUUUGAGACUAAAGUGAUUUUUUUCUCGACAGGCCCUAAAUCAACAUCUACACUAUUAACCUUAAGAUGGGUUUUUUAGAACGAAAACUAACACUAUAAUAAACAAUUUGAUUAACAACAUUAUACAAUUUAUCAUGAAUACUUCUAUGAACAGUUUUAUGAAGAGAUUGAUGAACGAUUUCAUGAAUAAUUUGAUGGACAAUUUGAAAAACAAAUUGAUGAAUAAUUCGAUGAACAAAAUAAAUUAUUUAAAUUCUGCC